AUGGCAACGCCGUAUCAUCGGAUUAGCUUGGCAGAGCUAACCCUCUUUCUUGAUGAUGUACAGAAGAAUGUAUCUCACGAUGAGGACACCGAUUUCAGAAAACUCAUUCUCUUCCUAUUUGGCUUUACAAACGCGAAGCUAGUGGCGCUUCAAAAGCUGGUCUCUCAAGAGCUUAUAGCGGUUUUGGCGCGUCUUUUUGGCUCCAUCGAGUUGGUACUCUCGAGGAAGAAACACUUGCUCAAUGCGAGCAUGUCUGCUGAAGAGUUGAGCCAGACUCUAGUGGGAUCAACAGUGGUUACUCCUCCAAAGGCCCCUCUUUUAAUGUACGAGUGGGCUAUCGCUUUUUCAACAAGCUGGCUUCCUGAGUUCCCUUCCAGCCUUGAGAUAACGAACUUGACAAAGUCCUUCAUCAUUGAGGUGAUCAAUACCAUGGCUGUCCAUUUACAUGCAUUCAAAUACAGAAGACACACUCGAGAUAUUCUAAUGUCACUAAUGCGUUCCAAAAUGGAUAAGCUUUUUGAAUAUCUACCACUACUAAGCCUGAAAGAUGAUUUAGCUUCUAUGUACAUACCACUACUUUCUUCAGCUACACACCUUUUCACAAUAGUCAAUGACUAUGACAUUGCCAAUAAGCUUCUCCUCCACAAUUCAGGAACAAGUCUAUCUUUCGAAAACUACACGCGGAGGUUGAUUUUUGUCUUCAAAUCCAUUCUUUCGAAGCCUGAAAUGAUAGGCGAAGGUGGAGACCAAGUUGUCGGCCCCGUAGAUAGCUUGAGAUCUGUUCUUCUACUCAACUUAACAUCCAACAUAUUACUACAGCACGAUGCAAGGUGGUCACUGAUCUCUUUGGUGCUAACGUGGAUCCAUGAGCAUUUCCAAUCCUUCAAUACAUCAAAGGCUCCCGUUCUUACCCAAAUGAAGAAUUUCAACAAAGCCUCGUGCGCAUCCCUAAUGAAAAUAUUUCUCUAUUGCCGAGAACGAAGCUUGUUGUUUAAGUUUUUCAAUUCCUUUUCCUUGUGUGUGUUUACGUUCCCGCCUCCUUCAUCAUCUGGUAAUCUGAUACCCACUUUGCUCAGCGCAUCUCCAUAUCCUUCAUCUAUCACAAAAUUGCUUUAUGUGCUUUCUUUCCAACAUUCAAUCUUGCUGGAACCAGCGUCUCUUCACUCACUUCCGGAAAGAAUGGAUAAUUUUGUGCUCGCAUCUGUCCCGUUUGGAGAAACAGAGCUCGAUAGCCUAAAGUCUCUAAUCUUCGACAAUGCAAAGGCUUCUAUGAAAUCAUCUUUACAGUUUUUUGUUGAGACCCAGCAUUCAUUUAAUAGUUAUCAAAGCCAAAGGACGCGUCAUUCAUCUGAUGAAAUUUCUUACUGGCUUGAUUAUGUGAUCCAUCUUAUCCAGCAGGACUUGAAUAUACUUAGCUCACAUAUCUUCGAUGAUAGCAUCACGCUAUUCACUUUCAUUACUUCCCUAAGAAAUGUUCCGUGCAUCAUUAAUAAUGAUUAUGACUACGAGACAGAAGAAUGCAUAAAAUGUUCCAAACCGUUGAACAAGAACAUUUAUAAUGGAGUACAGGUCACUAGGAAACUGAUAUCUGAGCUGCACGAGGCUAGUGUUUUAUACUCCGAUAUCAUCUGCGGCUUCCUCUUGAAACACAAGUCCACUCAGAUUAAAGCUAAUCCCUUGUUGACAUGGAAUGUGCUUGCAGUUCUUUUCAAUUUGUUUUCGACUUUUAGAAAACCCAACAAAGAUUUAAGUAGCGAUAUCUGCUUUCAAUUUGUAUUGAAUUCAUUGACUGCAAACAAAAAUCGUGACGUUAGAUUAAUGGCAGCUCGCAUCGUUCCACUUUUUUUGAUUCGGGAAAUGGACGAAAACCUGGAUACCCUUUUCAAAAAGAUUUUCCAAACUAUAUCCAAUACUCGUUUUGACCAGGAAAGUGGAUCAGUGUACUUAGCAGAAUCAACCUUGAUCUCUCUCAGCGAAUUGGCAAUUGUUUGCGAAGGUGAGUGGUUAUGCGUUAUCUUCAUUAAAUUGAUUGAUACAUUUGGUGCUCUAAAUGAGCAACAUGUCAACAUCGCAUUCAAUUGCCUUCUUUAUGUUGCAGCCGCUCGAUCCGUGACACCUUACAAACUAUUGUCACCAUAUCUACCGAGUAUCGCUGAAAGAAUAAUUAGAAAACCAAGAAUGUUUGGUAGAGUCACUGAACUCUUAGGAAUUUCUAAAAGAUACUUUUUGAGCCAUACUAAAGAUUAUACCACUCCCAGGUAUCUCGAAUACUACAAACAUGACUUCAUUCAAGAAAUUGCUGACGCUUCAAGCUUAGAUAAAGUGAAGUUGAUAGCCAAGACUCUUCCAAGAAUAAUGGCUACAUAUUUGUGCAAAGAUGAGGUUAUCAAUUCAAAGUAUAUUGUAAGUGUUUUGAGCAACACUAGCCCAAGAUAUAUGAAUUUAUCGAUUGAGGAGUUGAUUCCAAAUGUGGGUGAAGUGCUCUGGUUUAUUCUUCUUCAGUUGCAGUUUAGUGAUGAUGACAAAAUUCAAAACGAAGCGAAAAUCUUUAACGCCAUCAGAUAUGUGGCAAAAUUGAAUUGGGUGAAAAAGCAAUCCGAUGUAACUUUGUCACCACCAGAUCCCGCUGAUUUCGAUUAUAUCAAGUAUAUUCUAGGCGAGCAUGUCUUAGAAUUAGUGCAACGAUUUUCUGAAAAUGUCCAUCAUAUGAAAGGUAUCAAACCUUAUCUCGAGAAGGUGAGCUCGAUAAAGGCGAUUCAAUUCCUUAUAAGCAAGAAUAUAAACGCGGCUUCAUCCGCUUUGGGUCAGAUAUCCACUUGUCUUCAAGCUUCGUUGGAGAAUAAAUCCCUAGAAAUUCCUGCUAUUCAAUGCUGGAACGUCCUUGUCCAGAAUUUGAGCACCAAUCAUUUAGUUGCCUUGUUUGAUAUUACUAUAUCAUUGAUCUUCCAAAAAUUUGAGUUUUUGCAUCAUAAAUCAAAGAUUAUAGCUGUGGAAAUUCUUCAAAGACUAUUUUGUGAGUUGCGAGACAAGUAUAAGAGAUAUGCGCUCUAUUAUUUCUCGGUGCCCUUUAUCAGAGACUUAGACAAAUAUUUUGUGUUAGAUGCUACGUUUAUUAGCAUGAUGAAACCGAAAUCCAAAUUGAGUUACUUCCCCGAAUUCACCAGAAGAUUGCAGACUAACAACAAGUAUGUUGUUCACCAAGCUCUUGACGAUCUUUUGAAUUUCACGAAUAAAUAUCAAUAUUCUUGUCAAGGAGAAGACUUUCGGGAUAUUGCAAAUGAACAAUCCAUAUCGAGCCUCGUGAGAACGUUGCUUGACAUUUCAGUCCAGUUCAAAACUAAGGAUCCUGUUAUUUCAACAAAAUGCGCUAAGGGGCUUGGAAGUAUCGGAGCACUUGAUUCAAACCGGUUUAAUUUCAAGACAAUCAAACCACAAGUGAUUCUAUUACAUGACUUCCAAGAUUAUGAAGAGAACGCGUUCUUUUUAUGUAAUUUCAUUCGGGAAAAGGUCAUAAAGAAUUUCUGGGCAUCUGAUGAUCCGAUAAAGCAGCUCUUCUCAGCUUAUUCGAUGCAAAAGUUUCUUAGUGUGCUAGGAUUGGAUGAAACAAUCUUAGAUUCUGAAGGCGAAAGUAUCCGUUUAGAGGUAUGGAACAGUUUCUCUGAAAUCGACAAAUCCACAUUGACUCCACUUCUCUCCUCUAAAUAUUUUGCUCCUACUCCGCGGUAUGAUGCACUAACUUUCCCUUUGUUUCGUCUUGGGAUGCGGUAUGAGAGGUGGUUGGUUGACUUCACUACAAAUUUGUUUCGUCGUCCUACACUGAUUUCUACCAGACAAUCAAACAAGGCCGUUUCGACGAAGACAAUAAUUUUUCAAACAUGUUCUAUGCUUAUUAGAGAUGAAGAAGUGUCCAUCUCGCAGUACUUGCUCAAAUUCGUGGCUUUGAGUCAUAUCGUGAACGGUGAUGAAAAUGCAAGAAGAGAUAUAUUGGAUGAGUUCUUGACAAUCCUCAAAACUAAUUCAUCCAAUGCAUCAGCUUCUGAACGUACCGAGAAUUUGAAACUCUGUUAUCAGGCAGUCUUUGAAGUUAUCGAUUAUUUCAACGAAUGGGUAUCUGCUGCAACACAAAGGUUGAGUGAUGCGCAACUUCAGAAGAAGGAUGUUUCUUUAUUGACAAAGAGUAAAUCGUAUGUUGUUUCAUUUUUGAAGGAAAUUCCAAUGGAGCUAAUCGCGCUCGCUUCAUCCGAGUCCGAUUCGUACGAAAGGACAAUUCUCUAUCUAGAGGAAUGCUUUCGAGAUGACAAGGUGCAAGAUGAUAAUAGAUUGGACAAGCUAAGUAUUGCUGCCACUUUACAAUCUGUCUACUCCAACAUUGAUGAUUAUGAUGCUCUUGAUGGAGUUCUCAAGAAGUUUUCUACUAGUAACUUGUCUGAAAAGCUUUCCACUUUCCAAUACAAUGAAAACUGGGCAAUUGCACAAGAAUCAUUCCAGGUUCUCAGCAAUCUUGGAACGGAAGAGAAAAGGGUAGAGUAUAAUACGAAGCUCUUGAAAUCCUUCGAAAACCAUGCACUUUACGAUGAAGUCCUCUUGUCAUUGAACUCGAAAGUGGAAAAUGGAUCUUUCAAUCAUAUACCUGUUGCGUGGGCAAUGGUAGGAUUACUGGCUGCUAUAGCAUCUGGUGAAGCAGCACAAUUGGCGAAGUGGCAUACUAUAGUAGGAGCAAUCGACGGCCCACAAGAUGUGGAAGACAAGAUUACCAGAAAAUAUGCAGAAAGUUUGUUAUCUUUGGUUGGAUCAAAGCCUGCAAGCUUUAACGCCUCUAUUGAUGGUAUCUACGAAAUUGUUGGUCAGUCACUUGCACUGUCGAUGUCAUCGUCUUUUUCAAGAAAUUCAGCACUCAUGACACAGUUACACAUCAUCUUUGACACAUCUUCAAUUGUAUCCGUUGCUAUGGGGGGAGGUCUGACAGAAGAUGAACUAGAACGAAUCUUGGAAGAACGAUUAAAUAACACUGAUCUUACUUUCGAUAAUCAAUGGAAAGUACUUUCCAUCCACAGGGUGGUUAACAUGAUCACUCAGAGAAUGGAGAAAGUUUCAAAAAUCUUAUUGAAAUGUUCGCUGAUUGCUAGACGUGACAAUCGACUCGACAUUGCCACAAAAUGCAUAAUGAAUGCCAUGGCGCUUAAUGACCAAGAAGCAAAUAUUGAAUACGCCCACUUAUUAUGGGACCAAGGUAAACAAACUGAAGCUAUCAAAACAUUAUCUGAGAAUCUUCCAAAGAAGUCCCUGACAGAUGUUCGGAGAGGAGCAAGUACUCAACUUCAAUAUGCACUUUGGUUGGAUGAAUCAAGUCAUAGUUCAUCCACCACAAUAAUUGCGGAGUACACAAAGGCAUACAAGUUUGAUCCAACAUGGGAAAAACCAUAUUUCGAUUUGGGAAAGUACUACAGCAAGGUUAUGGAAUCCCGAAAUGAUUUGAGUGGCAUUUAUGAGCAACAGAUUAUUAGAUUUUAUCUCAAAGCCUUAGCCCUUGGGCCUACGUAUAUCUUUGAAGCGCUUCCUAAGUUCAUUACUGUGUGGUUGGAUUUUGCCCAAAGACCGCAUAAGAACAAAGAUGCGGAAAGAAAACUUAAUCAGAUUGUUUAUGACAUCCAAACAUACAAGAAUUCAAUUCCUUUCUACGUUUGGUACACAUCUAUUACUCAACUACUUUCAAGAAUCACGCAUAAACAUGAGCCUAGUGCGGAGGUUUUGAUUGAGAUUAUAGCUUCAUUGAUACAAACAUACCCUAAACACAGUUUGUGGUACGUAUUGUCGCACGUUAAGUCAAAAGAUAUGACUAGAAGACUGAGAGUCGUCAAGAUGUUGUCCUCUGUUCAGACUAAGAAAGAUCUCGGAACGAGUAUAGUUGAAGCUAAAGAGCUUUUUGAAAUCCUUGAGAAUCUUGCUUCUCAAAAAGUGAAAAAGGCUCAGAAGAAGCGUUGGUCAUUGUCCGAGGAUUUUCAUUUAAAUGACUUGAAAAGAGGGUAUGAUUCCUUGGUUAUUCCUGUCAAGUCCAAUUUGGAGAUCCGUUUGCCUGCUACAAGACAUACUAGUAAAGUCAGUUCUGCUUUUCCACGAUCAGCUUCCAUUACAUUUGAUGGAUUUGAUGAGGAAGUGAAAAUCUUUCAUUCACUUCAAAUGCCUAAGCAAAUUACAAUUAGAGGUACGGACGGAAGACCAUAUCGGUUGAUGGUGAAGAGAGACGAUACUCGAAAGGAUGCGAAAGUUUUCGAGUUUACAAAUAUGGUCAAUAGACUUUUAAGUUCCCAUAAUAGCGCCAGGAAGAGAAAUUUGAUCAUUGAGAAUUAUUCUGUUAUUCCGCUUGCUGAAGACAUGGGAGUUAUCGAGUUUGUUCAGGAUGUGGCUACAAUGAAAUCAGUGAUCCACCAUCAGCAGAAGAAAAAUGGUCGUGUUCCACAUGAUCGGAAGAUCUUCGUCAAACUAGACGAAGCACAGAAAGUUGUGAAAGCAAAGUACACAUCAGAGCAAAAUGCCAUGAAUUCAUUGAUUGAACUCUUUGUGAGCAUAUGCAACGAAUUUCCUCCGGUAUUACAUCAAUGGUUCAUUGACCAGUUUUCCGAUCCUGCUGUCUGGUACUUGGCCCGGAAAACCUUCACUACUACAUCCGGAGUGAUGUCCAUCGUUGGCUAUAUUAUUGGUCUUGGUGAUCGUCACUGUGAAAAUAUCUUGUUCAAGAAAAGCGGUGCAGCACUUCAUAUUGAUUUUGAUUGUUUGUUUGAAAAAGGUUCUACUCUACCUACUCCGGAGAUCGUACCUUUCCGAUUAACGCAAAAUCUUGUUGAUGCGAUGGGUAUAACAGGGAUUGAGGGUACAUUCCGUAUUGCUUGCGAAGUUACGGGCCAACUUCUUCGAGAUAAUGAAGCUUCCUUGAUGAAUAUAUUGGAAACAUUAAUUUAUGAUCCUUUAUUGGACUGGAAAACUCAAGACAAUCCUCAAGACCACCUUCGCAAAGUGAGAAGGAAAAUUCGAGGUUUGCUCGAUGAAAAGGAAGGGCUUCCAAUGAAUAUCCACGGUCAAGUUGAUGUGUUGAUCCAAGAAGCUACAUCAAAAGAAAACUUGAGUCAGAUGUAUGGUGGCUGGGCUCCAUACAUCUAA